UUUUCUAUUUACUUUUUAUUCUCAUCUUCCUCUUGGUGAAGACUCCUGCUUCGUUCUUCCGGCUUGGUUUUCCCGACUUCCGCUCCUCAACCCUCCUCAUCUUGUUGUUUCCAUCAUCUUUGUGUUGGACCGGCAUUUUCCCACAACCCCCCGCGCUCCUCCUCCUCCUCCUCGCGCUGCUGUGCUCGCGCAGAUGACAUGAAGAUGGCGGACGGCGCAUCAUCGGUCGAGAUCGUGGAGGGCUGUCGGCUCCCGGUUCUCCGUAAGAACCAGGAACACGAGGACGAAUGGCCAUUGGCUGAAAUUCUGAGUGUGAAGGAAGUGUCUUCGAGAAAGCUUUACUAUGUUCACUAUAUCGACUUCAACAAGCGCCUGGAUGAGUGGGUCACGGGGGACAGGCUGGACAUGAAGAAACUUCAAUUCCCCAAGAAAGAAGCUAAAACGCCAACCAAGAACGGUCUUCCAGGCUCCCGUCCCAGUUCUCCAGAGAGAGACGUGAGAAAGAGUCAAGAUCUCAACGCACAGUCUGCCACAGCUCCUUCCAGAGGCAAAACCCUCCCCACGCCGCUGUCGGGCCAUGCUGAACUGCAUGGGAAUCCAGAAAUAAACAACCACGACAUAAAAAAGGAAGAUGCCGAUCCGGUCGUGCAGAUCACAUCUGGAAGUGGUUUAACACACAGUGUGUCCAAAUGUUUGUCGGGUGUAUGCACUGGACUUGUCAAGCCACAUUUCAACUUCAAAUCUUUCAAGAAGAGGAAAGUAGAUCCCGUCCCCUUGGCGACUCAGGUAUCCCCGGCCACCCCCGUGCCCUCCCUGCCAAGUUCAGCUGAAGCCUCUCAGGCGUCUGUUUUUCCUGCUGUGAGGGAGACCAACACCUUCAAGUCCCGCGAAGAUCAUGAACAGAUCUCCUCGCUCACAACGAACGGCACCGCCCGACGACUCAUCCCCUCGCAGCCCGGGAGGAAGAGGAAAGCUAAUUGUGGGGGAACUGACGAGAUGAUAAAGGUUUUGCAGUACAACAACCCUCAAAGUGCCAGCGUCUUUCUACCACCACCAGAGGAUUCCCAAGACAGUUCGGACGGCAUCCCGUCCGCGCCCCGCAUGACGGGCAGUCUGGUGUCCGACCGCAGCCAUGACGACAUCGUCACCCGGAUGAAAAACAUAGAGUGCAUAGAGUUAGGACGCCACAGACUGAAGCCCUGGUACUUCUCACCGUACCCGCAGGAACUCACCACAUUGCCCAUCCUCUACCUCUGUGAAUUCUGUCUCAAGUACCUCAAAAGCCUGAAGUGUCUCCAGAGGCAUUUGACAAAAUGUAAUCUAAGACAUCCUCCAGGCAACGAGAUCUACCGCAAAGGCACCAUCUCAUUUUUUGAGAUUGACGGCAGGAAAAACAAAACGUAUUCCCAGAACCUGUGUUUACUUGCUAAGUGUUUCCUGGACCACAAAACCUUGUAUUACGACACAGACCCUUUCCUCUUCUAUGUAAUGACAGAGUAUGACUCCAAAGGCUUCCACAUAGUGGGCUACUUCUCUAAGGAAAAAGAGUCGACUGAAGAUUAUAACGUAGCCUGCAUCCUGACCUUGCCUCCCUACCAGCGGAGAGGCUACGGCAAACUGCUCAUUGAGUUCAGUUACGAGCUGUCCAAGGUAGAGGGGAAGACGGGGACGCCUGAGAAGCCUCUUUCUGAUCUCGGUCUUUUGUCCUAUCGCUCCUACUGGUCCCAGACCAUCUUGGAAAUUCUCAUGGACCUUAAACCUGACAACGGAGAAAGGCCGCAGAUCACCAUCAAUGAGAUCAGUGAGAUCACAAGUGUAAAGAAAGAAGACGUCAUUUCAACGCUCCAGUACCUCAACCUCAUCAACUAUUACAAGGGCCAGUACAUCCUGACUCUUUCAGAGGACAUUGUGGACGGGCACGAAAGAGCGAUGCAGAAGAGACACUUGCGCAUAGAUCCAAAAUGCCUUCACUUCACACCUAAGGACUGGAGCAAGAGGGGCAAGUGGUAGAGUCCCGGCCCCGGUUCACUGAACAACUCCCCUCCCCCCAAACCGCCACACGGAAGACUUGAAGCAAACAGCGGAUCAGAUAAAGGUUUUUGUUUCUCACCGAGAACCUGGAAACCUUUUUGAACCCAGGACUCCUCUUCAGAUAAGAAACAAAUGAACACGAAUUGUCACUUGAGAUGCAUCAGCUUUUAUUGUGAAUAUUCAUUAUAUAUUGUGAAUUUAAAAAGCUCUCAAACUUGGGGACAAAAGAGAGACUGGUUAACAGUGACACCGCCAAAAUAUACAACACACCUUCUACUGUGUAAAAGAUCCUGUUUAUGACCGACAGUGCGUUAAAAGUGAGAUGUGGUGUCUGUUUAAUAGUGUAAAUUAAAGCCUCAAAUGGCAAACAUACAGACCACCGGAUGGAAACAAGAUGGUUGUUUUAUAGAUAAUAAUUUGAGUUCUACAGUGAAUCGCCUCAUCUGUUGACGAGUCAACAUUAUGUAAAAAACACAUUUCUUUUCCUUAAAUUCAACAAGGAAAGGUUCUUUUGUUUGUUUUGCUUUGGCCAACACAAACAUACGUGUGACUUUGUCUACAUCCUUUUAUAUCUGCCACACAAAGAGUUUCAAAUGUUGUCGUCAAAAUUAUUAAUGUACCCCACCCCACCCCACCCCACAGUGUGGCUCUAUCCAAUAACAUCACUUAAGUUUGUCUUACAACUCAUAUUUAAGAAACCUUAGUUAAUGACACAAGUACAAGACUUGUAGCACUCCUUGAACAAUAGGACAACUAACGUCUGCAGCACUCCAAAAUGUUGUCAUCACGCUCUAGUUUGAAUAUAGAUUUUUGUACAAAGUGUGCAAAUCAUCUCAAACGCUUCUUCCUGUGCACACAAGUUUAGUUUGUAAACGGGGAGACGGUACAAGGGAACUAAUUUUCUGAUCUGUUUUCGGAGUACAAAAUUUUAAAUUCUGAUCUCAACGCACAGAUAGCAAUUUUCAGUUUAUUGUGAUUGUCCUCCAGUGCCUGAAUUUUAUUGUCUUUAAACGAACAGAGAGGUUCUUGGAGUAAUAUGGCUCACUUGUAAAAACAAAACAAAAUGUAUAUUCAAAUAAAAAGCUUGGAUGCAGACAAAAGAUUUAAACAUCUACAGUUAUAAUGUCGCAUAGGAACCAACGUGGUCAAUUCAGGUUUGUUAUCUUUCACAGUCGUAGCUCUGCUUUCAUUUCCCAUUCUUCUAAAUAGUAGGAAAUAUUUAUUCUCUUUGUUUGUGAUCAUUCAGGUGAAUCUUCCUCUUUUUUUCAGAUAAUCCCUCAUCAUCAUCUGUACAGUGUGCAAUUAGACAAAUCAAUUCCCCGAGUUAAACCUAUGUUCCCCCCCAUAACUGUACAUACUGGACCUGAUUGUAAAAAAAAAAAAAAGCUUAGAAAACAGAAGCCAUGUUGAACUGUUAGAGGAAUGUAAAUUUUGUGUACAGUUGUCUUUAGUGUCUUUUUUUACUUAAUAUAAACUAAACUGGCUGCACAAUAUCGACAGGAAAAGACGUACAAGUGGUAUCUUAUUUUCAUUUUGUGUUUUAUGUUUACAUGUCACAAAGGACGUUGGAUUUCCCCUGUUGAAAUUAUUUAGUAUAUCUUUAAGUGAACACACAGUUGAGAGUAUGAUUUGAAUGUUUGAUAUAAAAAGCUUGUUGAAUUGAUAAAAAAAAAUCUUAAAAAAA